AUGGCUGCCCAGAAAUUAUUUCUGGAUCAUCAGCUAAAAGUAAAAGAUCGUGGUUCUAUACACUACUUUCUUGGUCUUGAGGUCACCAAAGUCCCUCAAGGCUAUGUUGUCAAUCAGUACAAGUACACUAUGGAUCUCCUCCAAGAAUUUCACUGUCUUGAUGUGAAGCCUGUUCUUACUCCACUUAAUGCUCAUGCCAAACUCUCCCCUGAUGUUGGGGAUCCUCUUCCUGAUCCCUCAUUGUAUAGGAGGCUCAUUAGCAAGAAGAAUUUUCUCGAAUACACCGUGCUAGAUAUCUCCUUUUUAGUACAACAUCUCAAUCAGUUCUUGAUAUCCCCAAAGGUGCCGCAUAUGUUGGUUGCUCUACAUGCCCUUAGGUAUCUUCUCAAUGCUCAUUCUCAGGGUAUUCUGCUCAACAACACAGCUGAUUUUUCAUUACAUGCCUACUCUAAUUCAGAAUGGGUUGCUUGCCUCAUCUCCAGGAAAUCUGUGGCUGAGUAUUAUAUUGUCUUAGGGGUUCUCCUAUUUCCUAGAAAUCCAAAUAGCAACAAAUUAUUUCAUUAUCUUCUGCAGAGGCAGAAUAUCGAGCCCUCAGGAAGGUUGUUGCUGAGGUUACCUGGCUGGUUCGUUUACUUUGUGACGUAG